AAAUGCGUCCUGUGGGAUCGUGAAAAAGUGUCUAAAACUACAAUCUGCUGAUCGCAUAUUAACAAAAAGGGUCACCGCCAUGGUGAGGGAGCGGGGGCAGAAGAAGUCCUUCCAGCAGAGCCUGGAGGACAUCAAGGAGCGGAUGAAGGAGAAGAGGAGCAAACGCCUGAACCGGGCCAGCACCGCGGGCAGGGGGCGGUCCAAGAUCAACACCCAGAUCAGCAAUAACAACAAGGCGUUCAUUCUGAAAAAUGUGCAGAUCAAUAACAAGGCGCUGGCGUUGGCGCUGGAGGAGGAGAAGGCGAAGGUGCGGCAGGCGCAGGGCGUCAUCCUGCAGAUGAAGCGGGAGCAGCAGGCGCUGAUGCUGCACCUCCUCAUGCUGAGGAGGAGGCUGCAGGAGCGCCAGCGGCUGGCCAACGCGCCGAGUAUGCCUCAAGAGUCGGACUCUGUGCACCCAGCACCUUCUCACAUGCUGAGUUCUCCUGCCAGGGUCACUCCCAGCUAUGACCUGGAGCCUGCUGGAAUCGACUUGCGCUUUGAGGAGCCGGCACAUCCCACAGUCAAAGUGAAGCCGGCUGCUACAGGCUUGGCCUCCGAGGGUGUCGGUGAUGGCGGUGACGGCGACUGGGGCAGGUUGCCAAGGACAGUGACAGCGAGGCGGCGGCGGGGUGAGGGCAGGAGAAGCUCCUCCCGGCGUCGCUCCUUCUGUGAGAGAAGCAGCAGUGUGGUGUUGGAGGAGCCUCUGGCUGAGGCUGAGGGUGUCACGGCGCCGAGGGGCCAGCAGGGGGAGCUGGAGUUGAAGCUGGACCUGGAGGCCCUGCCGGGGGAGCUGGGGGCGGCACAGCAGUCGACCCCAGAGCCGCCGCCCAGAGCGCCACCGGUCAGGAAGCAGCAGGCAGCGCCGCGGGCCAAACCAGAGCGCGGCCGCAAGCCUGAGCGCGCCCCUCUGAAGAAGCCCUGGGACAACAGCAAGCCCCGGGCCCGCUCCAAGAGCCGGGACCGGGCCGGUACCAGGCAGAAACCCGGCCCGCCCGCAGAGAAGCUCAACACCUCCCUGGGCUUCAACGACACCUUUGACUUUGACUGCGAGGAGGCUGUCCACGUGACCCCGUUCCGGGCAGGCAGCCGGAACGCCGAGGAGGGCGAGCAGACGCCCCACGGGGCCACAGACCUGCCCGGGACCCGGGAGACCGGGCGUCCCAGCCCCCCAGUGGCCGUCUCAGACCCAGAGUCCAGCUCGCCCGAGGAUGAGGACGACAGCCUCUACAUCCCGAGCAAGAAGCGUAGACGGGGAGGGGCGAACAGGCCGAGGGCAGAGACCCCCCCUCGCAGGGCCCGGUCCAAGCGCAGGUCCGCCUUACAGGCCAGGCAGGCACAGGGCUGUGACCGCGCAAACCAAACGGUGUCGCCCAAACCGCCAGCCGCCCGCGGACCCAAAGAGGAGGGGCGUGUCAAAGCUGCGUCUGCAGGCGUGGUUGUCGCUGUGUCCGACAUCCCUGAGGCCCCCAGUCGAAGCCAGGCUCGGCGCGUUAGCGCACUGGAUAAGGAGAACCUGCCAGCCCCCACUCGUGCGGAGAGCGAGGCAGACACCGUCCCCGCCACCCUAGGGGUAGAGACGGGGGUCCCCCAGUCUGACAGCCCCCUAUGCACAUCUGAUGACUACGCUUUCCACAUCUCAGGAGAGGAGAACCGUACCCCUGUUACCAUGGAGAAGAGGAGAGAGAAAGGUGGGCUCUGGGUUCGGGCCCUUCGGGGGGCGAGUCCGUGUGAUGUGACAAAUCUCUCUUCUGCAGCGUUCCGGAAGUUCUCUGUUGGGCGGACACGCCCACCCAGCACAGGCUCCACCCCCAACCUCGCCCGCAGACGCCGCUGCACCAUCAGCGUCGACUACAAGGAGCCCACGCUCAACGCGAAACUCCGGCGUGGGGACCGAUUCACAGACACCAUGUUCCUGCGCUCGCCGAUCUUCAAGCAAAAAUCCAGGAAGUCGAUCAAGAACUCGCAGAACCUACAGAAAUACAAUGAGUCGUUUGUCGGGUGUCGCUGA